AUGACUUAUAUCGAUCAAGAAGAGUUUGAAUUUCAACAAGAAGUUGAAAAAGUAAAGCAAUGGUGGGCAUCACCUCGGUUUAAAUUAGUUAAACGUCCCUAUACUGCCGAAUCAAUUGUUUCCAAACGUGGUACAUUUCCUACACAAUAUCGAUCUGAUAUACAAGGUAAGAAAUUAUGGAAAAUCCUUCAGCAUAACAAGGCAACUGGUUUGACCUCCCAUACAUUCGGUGCUUUGGACCCUGUUCAAGUAACGCAAAUGGCACCUUAUCUUGAUACCGUCUAUGUUUCUGGAUGGCAGUGUUCUUCUACUGCUUCUACUUCUAAUGAACCUGGACCUGAUCUUGCAGAUUACCCUAUGGAUACAGUUCCUAAUAAGGUUGAGCAUCUUUUCUUUGCACAACUAUUCCAUGAUAGAAAGCAACGUGAAGCUCGACUUGCAAUGACAUCUGAAGAAAGAACAAAAAUUCCAAAAAUUGAUUAUUUAAGGCCCAUUAUUGCUGAUGGUGAUACUGGACAUGGUGGUAUAACUGCUGUAAUGAAAUUAACUAAAAUGUUUGUUGAACGUGGUGCUGCUGGUAUACAUGUUGAGGAUCAAUCACCUUCAACUAAAAAGUGUGGGCAUAUGGCUGGUAAGGUUUUGGUACCUAUUUCAGAGCAUAUUAAUCGUUUAGUUGCUAUACGUGCUCAAUACGAUAUUAUGGGCGUUGAAAAUGUUAUUGUUGCUCGUUCAGAUGCUGAAGCUGCUACUUUAAUUACUACUAACAUUGAUCCCCGUGAUCAUGAGUUCCUGGUAGGGUGCACUAAUCCUAGUCUAAAACCUUUAGCAAUAGUCUUGCAAGAGGCUGAAAGCAAAGGUAUACAAGGGGCUAAUCUUCAAGCUAUUGAAGACGAAUGGAUUUCCAAGGCUGGUUUAAAGCGUUAUGGCACUGCUAUUGCCGAGGAGUUAACAAUUUUGGGCAAGGGUCAUCUAGCUGAACAGUAUUUAUUAGAAAUUCGCUUCAAAUCCAAUGCUGAAGCUAGAGCUAUAGCCAAGGAGAAAUAUGGUAUUCAUACUUUUUGGGAUUGGGAUCUUCCUCGUGCUCGUGAGGGCCUUUAUCGUUAUGAAGGUGGUACUGAAGCUGCUACUUCUCGUGCUAUAGCUUUUUCGCCUUAUGCUGAUAUGCUUUGGAUGGAAACAAAGCAACCUAUUCUUUCUCAAGCUGAACAAUUUGCUAAGGGCGUAUUGGCCGCAUCUCCUAAUUCUUUAUUAUGUUAUAACUUAUCCCCUUCAUUUAAUUGGGAUGCUGCGGGUUUAAAUGAUCAAGAUAUGAAAACAUUUAUUCAAAAACUUGGAAAACUGGGCUUCGUAUGGCAAUUUAUCACAUUAGGUGGUCUUCAUGCUAAUGCUCUUGCUACUGCUACAUUUGCAAAGAGUUUCAAAGAAAGUGGCAUGUAUGGAUAUGUAUCUAAUGUACAACGCAAAGAAAGGGAACAUAAUGUAGAUGUUUUGCAACAUCAAAAAUGGUCAGGCGCAAAUUAUGUUGAUGAAUUAAUGAAAGUAGUAACAGGUGGUAUGUCUGCAACAGCAGCAAUGGGAAGGGGCGUCACUGAAGAUCAGUUUAAAAACUAG